UGACCAGGUGAAACUAAUUAUAUAAGUAGCAUGUUUAGGGUGGUGGUGGCUAUAGUAUUUGGGCAAAGUGUAGAUUUUAUGUUAGUAGUGGGGCCUCCUUUUGGUAAUCUUCUUUUGAGAUAUGUCAUGGGCAAUGAAGGGGCUCCAUCUAAUUUUCAUUGCUUUGGUUCUUUGGAGAGAUACAAGUGGAUUCGGAGUGUGGAAUACAACCUCUGUUGUUGAUUGGCAAGCUGGACGUUCUAAUGCAACAUGGAACCAAAAUUUUCACUUCGCUACGCCUGUUCAAGCUUUGGAGCUACUGUCCAGAAAAAGUGCAAACGGAAAUGUUGACGGAGGAAAUUCUAGUAGUUUCAGUUAUACUUCAGAAGUCCAAACUGCUCAACAGGAUUCUAGUUUUGUUCAGUCUUCUGGUGGUGCUGCUCAAGGUAAACCUGUACUAAAUGCUCAAGGUCAAGCAACUCCCAUGGUUCAACCGCAGGACAACUUGAUGACUCAGUCCUCAAGGCUCUAUUGGUUUGAAUCUCUCAAGCCUGAAAACUGUGGCACUUUGCUCUCUCAAUCUUGGCCUCAAAAAGGUCAGAAUAACGGUGGAUUCCAAAGACCAUCCAGGUUCCAGUUUGGGGGCACUGCAAACCAGACAUCUGGAUCCCAGACCCAGUCGUCAUACCAGCCUAGCACCACAACACAGGUUCAGUCUAUUGCCCAGCCUGAGUCUUUCGGAGCUUCAGCUUCAUAUCCAAGUCAAACCUCUGGCAUGUACUCUGUUGUACAGGGUCCUCUGAUUGCAUCCUCUUCCCAAAUGCCUGGGUUCCACAUCCAGUCAUCAUACCAGCCUGGCACCACAACACAGGUUCAGACAGGCCAGUCUGCGUCUACAUCUCAGGCUCAGUCCUCUGGUGCGUCAACGUUGUAUCGAGGGAUUAGCUCUGGCAGGUAUCUGACUUCACUGGGUCAUAUAAUUCCAUCCUCCUCCCAGUCUGUGGUCAAUACAAACCAGACAUCUGGAUCCCAGACCCAGUCAUCAUACCAGCCUGGCACCACAACACUGCUUCAGACAGGCCAGUCUGCUUCUACAUCUCAGGCUCUUGGCAGCCAUGGAGCUGCACCUUCAGGACAUGCUAAAUGGUACACCAUUGUACAAGGUCAGACAAUUCCAUCUUCUCAAGCCUCUGGAUCCCAGACCCAGUCAUCAUACCAGCCUGGCACCACAACACAGGUUCAGAAGGUCCAGUCUGCUUCUACAUCUCAGGCUCAGUCCUCUGGUGCAUCAACAUUGUAUCCAGGGAUUAGGAGGAAUGUGACUUCUCUGGGUCAUGGCUUUCCAUACUCAACCCAGUCUGUGGUGACCGCAAACCAGACAUCUGGAUCCCAGACCCAGUCAUCAUACCAGCCUAGCACUACAACACUCCUUCAGACAGGCAGGCCUGUUCUUCCUCAGAGUCAGCCUUCGGGAGCUUCUGCUUCAUAUCCAAGUCAAACCUCUGGCGUGUACAAUAUUGCACAGCGUCCAUUGACUGCAACCCUUUCCGAAAUACCUGGGUUCCACAUCCAGUCAUCAUACCAGCCUGGCACUACAACACUGCUUCAGACAGGCCAGUCUGCGUCUACAUCUCAGGCUCAGUCCUCUGGUGCAUCAACAUUGUAUCAAGGAAUUAGGAGGAAUGUGACUUCUCUGGGUCAUGGCUUUCCAUACUCAACCCAGUCUGUGGUGACUGCAAACCAGACAUCUGGAUCCCAGACCCAGUCAUCAUACCAGCCUGGCACUACAACACUUCUUCAGACAGGCCAGUCUGCUCCUACAUCUCAGGCUCAGUCCUCUGGUGCAUCAACAUUGUAUCAAGGAAUUAGGAGGAAUGUGACUUCUCUGGGUCAUGGCUUUCCAUACUCAACCCAGUCUGUGGUGACUGCAAACCAGACAUCUGGAUCCCAGACCCAGUCAUCAUACCAGCCUGGCACCACAACACUGCUUCAGACAGGCCAGUCUGCUUCUACAUCUCAGGCUCUUGGCAGCCAUGGAGCUGCACCUUCAGGACAUGCUAAAUGGUACACCAUUGUACAAGGUCAGACAAUUCCAUCUUCUCAAGCGUCUGGAUCCCAGACCCAGUCAUCAUACCAGCCUAGCACUACAACACUGCUUCAGACAGGCCAGCCUGUUCUUCCUCAGAGUCAGCCUUCGGGAGCUUCUGCUCCAUAUCCAAGUCAAACCUCUGGCGUGUACAAUAUUGCACAGCGUCCAUUGACUGCAACCCUUUCCGAAAUACCUGGGUUCCACAUCCAGUCAUCAUACCAGGCUGGCACUACAACACUGCUUCAGACAGGCCAGUCUGCGUCUACAUCUCAGGCUCAGUCCUCUGGCGCAUCAACGUUGUAUCAAGGGAUUAGCUCUGGCAGGUAUCUGACGUCACUGGGUCAUAUAAUUCCUUCCUCCUCCCAGUCUGUGGUCACUACAAACCAGACAUCUGGAUCCCAGACCCAGUCAUCAUACCAGCCUGGCACUACAACACUGCUUCAGACAGCCCAGUCUGCUCCUACAUCUCAGGCUCAGUCCUCUGGUGCAUCAACAUUGUAUCAAGGAAUUAGGAGGAAUGUGACUUCUCUGGGUCAUGGCUUUCCAUACUCAACCCAGUCUGUGGUGACUGCAAACCAGACAUCUGGAGCCCAGACCCAGUCAUCAUACCAGCCUGGCACCACAACACUGCUUCAGACAGGCCAGUCUGCUUCUACAUCUCAGGCUCUUGGCAGCCAUGGAGCUGCACCUUCAGGACAUGCUAAAUGGUACACCAUUGUACAAGGUCAGACAAUUCCAUCUUCUCAAGCCUCUGGAUCCCAGACCCAGUCAUCAUACCAGCCUAGCACUACAACACUCCUUCAGACAGGCCAGCCUGUUCUUCCUCAGAGUCAGCCUUCGGGAGCUUCUGCUUCAUAUCCAAGUCAAACCUCUGGCGUGUACAAUAUUGCACAGCGUCCAUUGACUGCAACCCUUUCCGAAAUACCUGGGUUCCACAUCCAGUCAUCAUACCAGCCUGGCACUACAACACUGCUUCAGACAGGCCAGUCUGCGUCUACAUCUCAGGCUCAGUCCUCUGGCGCAUCAACAUUGUAUCAAGGAAUUAGGAGGAAUGUGACAUCUCUGGGUCAUGGCUUUCCAUACUCAACCCAGUCUGUGGUGACUGCAAACCAGACAUCUGGAUCCCAGACCCAGUCAUCAUACCAGCCUAGCACUACAACACUCCUUCAGACAGGCCAGCCUGUUCUUCCUCAGAGUCAGCCUUCGGGAGCUUCUGCUUCAUAUCCAAGUCAAACCUCUGGCGUGUACAAUAUUGCACAGCGUCCAUUGACUGCAACCCUUUCCGAAAUACCUGGGUUCCACAUCCAGUCAUCAUACCAGCCUGGCACUACAACACUGCUUCAGACAGGCCAGUCUGCGUCUACAUCUCAGGCUCAGUCCUCUGGUGCCUCAACAUUCUAUCAAGGGAUUAGCUCUGGCAGGUAUCUGACUUCACUGGGUCAGAGCAUUCCAUCCUCCUCCCACUCUGUGGUCACUACAAACAAAAUCUCUGGAUUGCAGGACCAGUCAUUUCAGCCUGACACCACAACAAAUGCUUUGGUGGGUCAGUCUGCUUCUACAUCUUUGGCUCACGGCAACUUUCAGGCUCCAAAUUGGCAUACGAUAACUCCUCCUAGAUUCCAUAAUUUGCUACGGAACGUGUCGGUUUCUCAAUCUCUGAGCUCUGAUCCCCAAACAAGAACAAUCAACAAUAUUUUGCCGUUUCUGAACCAAAGUGCUGGGACUUCUGCCAUGUCUCAGAAUAAUGUACAGACCCCAGCAUUUCACACAUCUACACACUUCUCACCUGUCCCACAAACUGUUGCCACUCCCCCAGUCUCUCUACCCAAGCCUUGCCGACAGACACAAUGCUCAAUGGUGGAGAGUGCAAUUGCCUCUAUAGCAUCCAGCCAAACCUCUCCUCGUGUUGCCACAUCAUCUCAAGGCACAGGCUCUUUUGCUGCUGUACCCAUUCCAGGUACCUCACAGAAUUUUGCAGGCAUUGAUUUCCAGGGUACAUUGCCAGUACAUGACCAGUACAGCUCGGUGUGUAACUUUCCAUUUGGUUUCUGCAAUUCUCCUCAAGGAGCUGCAAACAACAAAUUUGUUCGAAGCCAGAGUGUACAGACACACAACCUGUGAACCAAGAAUUCAUGGGACACUUUCUGGAAUCAGUGCCUCAUCAGCAUUCUGUGUUCCACAAAGCUUUUCCAAUACACCUGAAAUUGUGAGCUCAGCCACUUACAGCUCCCCCCCAUUUCCCAACACCAGGCCCUCCUGACAAUCUCAACUGUAAGAUUAACUACUGAGUGCUUUGAUCGCUGACUGAAUAUAUGCUCAUUUGUGGUGCUUUUUAUUGUUUGCCUGAAUUUUUGCUGCAAUAAAAGGAGAAUGCACA